AUGUAUGGUUUCGCGUAUUUGUUGCUGAUAUCAGUUGCGACCGUCUUGGGGAAUCGACUCGUUGAAAUCGAUUGUGACAUUUUAUCUGUUUGCGGUCAAGAUUUGCAAUGUGGUGAGCAACUUGCCGAACGAUUACAGAUAUCCGAUUGUUUAGCCACUCAACAACAGCAACAACUUGAUAAACGCUCCUUCUACAGUGAUAAACGUGGACCGCAAAGUAUUCGACGAAUACUCCUACAAAGGACACGAAUU